GAAAGAAAAUGUAGCCAAAGUGAGCGCAAAAGUGAAGUUAUUGGAGCGGCUGGGCAGAGGCUGGAGCCGCCCGGGCGGUUCUGGUUCGGGUUCUGGUGCUGGAGCGGGGACGGGGACGGGGACGGCUCGCUUCCAGGCAGCGCGGCUCCGCGGCAGCGGGACUGGCACGAAAACCGCGGCUCCCGGCUGUCAGGCAACUUUACUGCGCUGAUCUGAGGACAGUUGUGAGUCUGGUGAAUGUCACCCGCUCCGCGUCGUGUGUCGCUGCGUGCGUGCGUUUGGCUUUUUUGCAGCCAACUUUUGCGUGCUCCUCCACCCCCGGGUGAAAGUGCACAUAAUGCAUUUAUUAGCCGGGGAGCUAGCCGCUAGCCCGCUAGCCGACCCGACCCGGCGCGGCGCGCGGCGCUGCGGAGCGGCUACCGCGCGCCGCGGCUAGGCGCUUUAGCUUUAGCCGAUCCCCGCUCGCGGCGGCGGCGGCAGACGCUCGUCGUGGACGCCGCGCUUUCAUGUCGGGCUCCGGCUCCGGCUCCUUCUGCGGCCGCUCCGACCUUCGGCCGCGGCACCGAGCCCUCGCGGAGCGGCGACCCGCUGCUCGCUCUCUGCUUUCGCCGCGUCCGCGCGGCUCCGGUGCCGCUGGCGGCAGGUUCACGCGGGGCUAGCUACAGACAGCCCGUCUGGCUGCGCGGGUCAUCUGAGGUGAAGCCUCCGCCAGCGGGCUGCGCGGAACCGCUCUGGACCGCUGCUUUUAGCCGCGCUCACACACGAACCGAGCCUGGCUGCUUUUUAACCGGGCUGCGGGUUCUGGAGUGUCGGCUUUACCGUUAGAGCCGCUUUUAUUUGCGUCUUCUUAGAGAAACGCAGUGUAACGUUGGUUCUGCUUGAAACUUUGAACUGGUUCUGUUGCGUGUUUGUGCUUUUAACGAGACGCGGAGUUCGUUUAAUAAUGUGGUGGAACUGGUUGGUGCUCGGUUUGGCACCGAUGCGCACGGGUCGCCCGUUUGGUGGAAGGCGCGGACUGGUUUCCUACUGGUACACACACACACACACACACACACACACACACACACACACUGGAUUCUGGUUUUACAACACAGCGAGUGUCGCUGUUUAUUGUAGUGUGUUAUUAAACUGAUUAAGAAGCAGCUUGUUUAAACUGGUUUUUGGAAACUGGUUGUUGGAUGCUUUAAUAUUAGACUGGUUUGCAACUGGUUUAUGAAACCUCAUGUAUUUAGCAGCAUGUCCAGUUUUUAGUCUUUGUUGUUUUGUGUAGCUUCUCGUCUCCACUGGUUUCCACAGAGUUGUCCUACAUUGUGUUGUUUUACUGGUGUAUUGUGUGUUGACAAACUGGGAUCGUCUGUAAAUGAUACCACAGGUUUUUUUCUGUCCCGUGUUUCUGCUCAUAAUUAAACUUUUACCUUCUCCAAGUUCCUCCAGUUCAGUAUGUUCUCCGACCUAAUUCUCUGCCCAAAUCUCGUUACAUAAAAUCAUGAAUAAUUAGUUGCGCCUCUCAAGACGGUUGGAGCCACUGGCAGGGCUGUGCUGGCGGAUGAAGGUGGAACCGAGCCCAGGCGACCCAUGACCUCAGUCAGAGGGAAGGUCCCGCACAAAAGCCGGUUCUGGUCCAGAUACAGGAGGCAGAGCAGAUCCCCAUUACCCAGAGUGCCGCUGGCCAUAGGAUCCGUCAAUCGGAGGUGAAGGCGGAGAUUGAAGAAGGAGGUGCUGCCUCAGGAAUAGCCCCGCCCCUUCCCGUGAAGCCCCUCCCCUCUGAGGAAGUGCACUUGAGCUCGACUGCUGUCUGUGAUGCCCUCCCAUGACGCCCAGGUCGACAGCUGACACGGCCAGUGAGCGGGAGACGCCACUGCACAACCGGUCCUGGGCCGGUACCGUCGGCCGGUUUUUGCCCUCCCUCUCGCACGCUGGAGAAGUCACCUCCACUCACCUUCUAAGAUCCGAACCCAUCAGCUUCAGCACACAUCAGUAAGACACUCAAACUGACACGCUGACGUCCAGCAGCACCAGCAGCAGCAGCCAAAAGCCAGAACAUCUCCAAUACAACCAGCAACACCAGCAUCAUCAUUACUAGCACCAGCAGCAGCAGCCACCAUGUCCAGCCGCAGGAAGUCCUCCACCCCGUGUAUGGUUCGUCUCAUCAGCAACAUAGCUGAGGAGCAAGACGAGUCUGAGGAGGUGAUGGACGUAGAAACGGUGGCAGACAAAGAUCAGUCGGAACCCUCAGAAUCAGACAGCCGGAAGGAGAGUCCAGAGAAUUCAGAGCAUGAGAGCAAACUGGUGCAAAACCAGAAUCCUGAGCCAUUAGAACAAGAGCAGCACUUGGCUAAUAAAGACCAGCCUCCUGUCUUUGAAGCUUUAGAGGCCAGAGAGGAGAAGGACAGUAGGACCAGAUGUGAGCCAGCGUCCCAGAAAAGGCAGCCGCGAGGAUACGAAUGCAAGUACUGUCCGUUCUCAACACAAAACCUGAAUGACUUCAAAGUGCAUGUGGACUCCAGCCACCCGAACGUCAUCCUCAACCCUCUGUAUCUCUGUGCUGUCUGUAACUUCAACACAAAGAAGUUUGACUCGCUGACAGAGCACAACGAGAGCCAGCACCCGGGAGAAACCAACUUCAAGUUUAAGAGAAUCAAACUGAACAAUCAGACUAUCUUAGAACAGACAAUCGAAGGCAAAGACAAUUCAGUGGGAUGCGAAGUGACAAAUGAACAAGGUGAAAGCAGCAGCUGUGGUGUGCUGCCUCCUUGCAUAUCUACCACGGUGAAAGCGCCGGACCAUGUGCUACAAAGCCAGCUGGACGGACGGAUCCAGAAGGAUCAAAUCACAGCAGUGAGCAUCAAUGGAACAGUCAUCAUCCCUGAACCCACCAUGCUCCAAGGGCUCUCCCAUGUCACGCCCAUGCUCCAGCGCCCGCCCAACUUUAACUCUGUACCAAAAAUAGCUGUUCCGUUGAACACCACCAAAUAUAACCCUUCUUUAGAUGACAACCUGACGCUAAUCACAUCCUUUAACAAGUUUCCUUACCCAACUCAUGCUGAGCUGUCGUGGCUUACAGCUGCCUCCAAACACCCGGAGGAGCAGAUCAAAGUGUGGUUCACCACUCAGCGGCUGAAGCAAGGCAUCACUUGGUCCCCAGAGGAGGUGGAAGAAGCCAGGAAGAAAAUGUUCAACGGGUCCAUCCCUCCUACUCAUCAUACCUUCACUGUGUUGCCUACAAGCCCCGUCUCUCAGGCGUCUGCCAAAGCCUCCCUGCAGCCCAUUGUCCACACCACAGUCGAGCAUCCAGGUCAGGUCCGAACAGCGGCUUCCAAUGGGCUCAGUGUAGCCACAACUGCGAUCUCUCCUGCUGGAGUCACCAAUCUUAAACGCUCCAUGCCAACACAGCUGACAACAGCGUUUGCCCCCGAGUCCAAACGGCCUGUCAUGGCUGUUGCCCCGCAUUCUGGUGAUUCUAAAGACCGGGGGCUCAUGGCUCCACCCCCACCCCCUCCUCCCCUUAAAGAUCGACUUCCAAUGGCUCCACCUCCGGUUCCCAUGGAGAUAAAGAGAUCUGUAGCAGUUCCUCUGGUCACCACUGAGAUGAAGAGGUCAUCCGCUGCUGUGCCUUUAAUGCCACCGCCAUCGCUGCCAUCGUCAUCACCUUUGUCGUCCAAAGGGAAGAUUCUGUCGACAUUAGGAACUCCCAAAACAAAGCCAAUGGUGUCAUUGCCCUCCAUAGUCUUUCCAGAGUCCUUAACAAGACCGAUGAUAGCUCCCCCACCUAUCUGUGCCCCCCCAUUCAAAAACUCACUGCUUAUUCCUCGUACCAAGGCUUCCAAAGAAAAGCCACCCAAUACCUAUCAUCUAUCAGCUGUUGAUAUGAAGCUUCCAAACUCCCCUCCACUUGUUACCCCACAAAUAAGAAGGCCAACCAUUAUUCAGUCCAUUCGUGCUCCACCUAAAGCUUCUUCCCAAAUUCCUGGAUUCCUUCUGGAUGGCAAAAAGCUAAAAGAGCAGCAAGGGGUGGACCUGAAAUCUAGCUAUCCUAGAGGAGACAAGGUCCUUACUCCUCUGGCAGAGUCUAAUGGGACGUCUCGCACAGACGGCAAAUGGCCUCCAAAUCAGAUAAGACCUGGUCAUAACAACGGAGUUACUCACCUGGAGAGUGGGGAGCAACCAGCGGCUCAGAAACCAGACUUUCACCAAAAGUCCUCUGUGCUGACACAGUUCCCUCUGCUGGAGAGGAUGAAAGGAAAGACGGCAGAGCAGCUAAAGAUCUUGGAGGAGAACUUCUUGAGAAAUAGCUUCCCCACACACGGUGAUGUGGACAGUCUGUCAGCCACUACCCACCUGUCUCACCAGGAGAUUGAGAGCUGGUUUGCUGAACGCCGUGCACUGCGCGACAACCUGGAGCAAGCCCUUCUCAAUUCCAUGGGCACUAAGAGGACCGGAGUAAGUGGCAUUCCUGCCAUCGCUGACAAACGCCUACAUCAGCAUCAACAAACUCAGCUAAAUGGGAUUCACAAGCCAAGCAGCGGCGGCCAUCUUAAAAGCCCUCCUCCACCCACGCUCAGUCUGCCUAUCCUGGCUCCCAGCACCAUUGCACCUACCGCCCAAAAUCAAAACUCCUGCUCAGUGCCUCCAGAGAGCCGAUCCCUGGCGCUCCUCAAGGACGAUUUUGCUCAAAUGCGGUGGCCUUCCCCUGAGGAGUUCAGCCAGCUGGAGUGUCGGACAGGACUGGCUCGUACAGACCUUACUCGCUGGUUUAAGGACAGCCGCCUCCAGAGCGGCACCAUGGAGCUGACAGAACUUUUUUACAACAACGGCGUUAAUGGAGGUCAGGGGCUGCCUGCGUGCUCCCCUGAAAACGCCCCACCGAGCUUUAUUCAGCGCUGUCAGGAAGGUGCUGUGGCCAACAGCAACACCGCCAGCAAGGUGCUGGAGGUGGAGUUGGGAUGGCUGAUGGAGCAGCGCGCCAGCAGUCAGCAGCACGAUGAGCUCCAUGAGCGCUUCGCUGGCAGACUGAGGCAGCAGAACAUGGGCGACUUAAAGAACGGAGGAGCGCGGGACGUGUUCGGGAGCUGGUUGGACGACGGACACCUGAGGAGAGGACGGGAGCUGCUCCUGGACAGAGAGAGGAAGAUGACGGAGGAAACAUCUGGGAGGCUGACUGGAUAAACGGUGCGAACAGGAUUUCCCGCUGCCGCUGCUGCUGAAAAACAUACAGGAGGAAAGAAAACGAAGCUCGGAGCCACAACAGAAGAGUUUUAAUUAUUAGGAUUUGUAGUGUUCUUGUUCUUUUUUACCUUUCCUUCUUUCUUUUGAUCGUCACAUCCCAGAUCACGCACGCCAUCAUGUCAUGUUGGAGCUAAUCCCAUCAGCGUUCUCGACCUGAAGUGACCCUUUCACAGAUGUGACGUCUCCAACAAAAGCGCGGCUUUAAAUCAGACGAGGGCUCUGUGGUGGCAGAUUUUAUUUUGCAGAGGUGUAAACAUGCUCCCAAAUUGAAAUCUGAAGAGUGCAAGGAGAAAUUCAGGGUCACGAUCUGUGAAGAUAAUUGAAAUUGCCCUCCCUCACGGCGAAGCUCAAAUUGCUGCUUUCUUUUCAUUUUACACAGCGAUGUGAGUCUUACAGUCGUGUUACAGCGCGACGCAGGAGCGCGAUGCAGAGACCAAAACACAUUCAGGCGUGUCGGAGUCGGAGCUUUUAGGUUUUUAGUCCCUGAAGCAGCACAUUUGUGAAACUAAACAAAAGACGACACAAACCUGAGUGACAUCAUUAACCCUCCUCUGAGCCUGACGCCGCCCGGAGUCAAACCAGCACGCUCGCUUUGUUCACUCCCCCAACUCUAAUGAUCAAUAAGAUCCCUUUCUUAUUGGGAACUUUGCCUUUUAUUAAGUAAAAAGUGCUUUAACGAUUAGCACUUUACCAUUGGAACCCCUGAACUUCUCCUUUAAGUCGCUCUGAAGGAGGCAGCGUCCGUCUCGUGAGAGGGAGAUUAGCGGGCGGUGAACUCGGGCGGAUGGAUGGAAGUUUGUGGCGCUGAGGUGAUGUUGUGCGUGACCUGUGUUGCCGUGGAGACGUGAGGAGGAGGAGGAAGGAGGGUGAACUGGAGCACUGAAUGUGUGCCUGCAGCAGCAGUCUGACUGUACACACCCACAACGAGUGAAGGAUUCAACAAACAGACAAACAAACACAAAUCGCCGAGUGCCAAAGCUGGGAUCUGCUGCAUUCUCACUACACUUAAAAAGGGUUCUUCUUCUUCUUCUCCUUGUAAAUAUCUGUUCCUUUGGUUUUGUUUUUCCUGUAUUGCUACAGAUUUGUACAAUUUUGCUGAAACAUUUUGUUACGUUUUGUAAAACGGGAGCAAGUCGUCCCCUCGAAACCUUCCUUUGUUUGCUUCUGUUUAAACCUCUCGGUUCCUCUCAGCUCUUAGUUUUUUGGGUUGAUGGACUUUUUAAAAACAACUUUGCCAGCAGUGGUGUGUGUGUGUGUGUGUGUGUGUGUGUGUGUGUGUGUGUGUGUGUGUGUGUGUGUGUGUGUGUGUGUGUGUGUGUGUGUGUGUGUGUGUAAAACGCGCUUUUUUUCCUCCUUCUCUUUUUGUACUGAACCAGUGGAACCACUACAGAAAAACAAACACACACACAUACAGAAAAUAGACGAACCAGUUGGCAAUACUUCAGUCGCUUCUUCUUCAUCUCACCGGCACUGGACUUCCGCCCGCCACUUCCCCGCUGAGGAGAGGAGAGGUGGAAGGAGGAGGGGGGGAGGGAGGAAGAGGGGGGAGAGGGGGGACUUCACUUCACAUCAAAUCAGAUUUUAAAAAAAGCAAACCACAAAAACAGCACCUUUGGACCUUUUUCUUUUUUUACUGUGCUGAAGUGAAGUCAAGUGCUAUUAUUAUAUUAUUAUAUUAUUAUUAAUAUUAUUAUUAUUGUAGCCACUCUGUCUGGAACCUUUUUAAAGAAAAACAAAGGAAAAAACUCAGAAAAAAAACGUAAGCCAAUCUGCACUUCUCGUUCCGACGAACAUGCUUGUACGACCAAGUGACUGUCGUGGAUCUUUGUUUAAAAUAAGAAACAAGCAACGAUGUGAUGAAAAUUAAAAAAACAGAAAAAAAUCAGUCGAGAUACGGUGGCAAGCGCAGAAGGAUUCAACGCUAACGAUCUCUCACACACACACACACACACACACAAAGCCAGAAUCAGCUGCCUGAUCGUUCGUCAUCUCGCUUCCUGCUUCUCGUCGUCCUGACUUUCUUUCCGUCCUCUCUUUGUCUCCUCUGUCUCUCUCGCAUUUCUUCCCGUCCUUGUCUUCUUCCCACGUUAUUGUCGUCUCGCACACAAUCAUACACGUCUGUGAUAAACAAAAACAAAGAAAAAAAAGAUGAUUAUUGGAUACAUAACUACAUGUUGGCUUGGUAGGCUUAGUCGAAACUAGUUCCAUUCCGACAAAAAAGAAUCCUAGUGAAACAGAGUAUGAGCUUCUUUAUGUAUUGCUUCUGCAGCUGUAGUGUCCUGGUCAGAUUUAAAGAUGAUACGACUACAUAUAUCUGAAAUACUGUAUUUACGAUGCACGCAGGGCUGGCCUCAGCAGGUCCCGCGUCCGUCCGCUGGGCGGCGCAGGCUUUUGUCUUUGCUUAGUCCAGUUUGUAGCUGCUGCUCGUCCUUCUGCAGAGAGACGCGCCUUAGAAAGACUUUUAUUUUUGCAACUUUAUAGUUUGGACUAAAUAUUUUUCUGAUGAAUGACUGAAUGUAUUUGCUUUGGAGGUUCUACUGCCUGAAUGUCUGCAGGGGCGAGUCAAGCACACUAGUGGGGAGGACGGAACCGGUCUCUGGCCUCCGUUAGCCGCUAGCGGCCACGCCAGCGUGCAGCUAGCGCAUUAGCGCCCGACAGGGAGAACUAGUGUGCGCGACUCCCUCCCUGCUUCUCUGUUUGCUCUCAGUGACAUUUGCACCUGGUUUCUCCAAAACCCAUUAAUAAAAAAGAACACACUAAAUACGUUACAGGUUCAGGCUGAACCGGUGUCAAACCCUGAUGUUUGGCCAACGCUGCAGAAAUUAGCAUCAGGUUCUGGUGGUUCUGGUCUGAUGCAAACUCCAAAAGAUCAGUCAUUUACUACAUUCUAUAACCACGAAAGUCAAGGUUCUAAUGGGGAAGCUGCCAAGAUGAAUAUUAAUUGAAUUUCAGCUCGAAUAACAUUACGUUGGAUUUACACAUAACAACAACGAUGUAUUAACCAGUCACUGCAGUAAAGCGUGGACAGAAGGUUUGAACCCUCGUGAACCAUUUUAUCCGUCCUUUAAACCGCACUGUGGCACCAUGAGCCGUGGACCAGGUCAAAGGUCAGACACGUUGGAUCUGAUCCUUAUUUCAAGUCUUUAUUUUGGAGGUUUGAAAGGUUGAGACAAUCCUGAUGUGACUCGCACACGAAACCCACGUAUUUAACCUGUUCAGGGUCAUAAAAUCCAAUUGUCUCAGUCCGUUUGUGCAAAGAAGCAAAACAACGAAGAUAACUGAAUAAUUUAUUGCCAAAUUACAAUUAUCAUAAACAGAAAUCGCAACAGAAAUGCACCAAAGUCCUGCGUUCGACAGCUCGGAGAGUUGAAAGGUCUCAUGAAUAUUAACGGUAGGAAAACAGUGGAGGAAAAACAAUCACAGCACAAAUAAAACCCAGUUUCUGAUGUUUGUGUAGGAGGAGGUUCCGCGGCUCAUUUGGUGAUUUUUGAGGAAACCAGGUGCUUGAGUGUGUUUCUAACGGGAGCUGAGGCCAGCCCUGCUUCAUAACUGAGGUUCUGCUUCUUCUACUACUGCUACUGUCAAACAACCAGCCUGGGCACGAAACAGGCCUGAGCGCCGUUUCUGGGGUUCCCCGUCGUAUACCAGCACCUUCAUCCGUCCACAGUGGGCGCGGCCCGUUGAGCGCCGCGGCUCCGACCGCGCUUUCGGAGCCAGAUUUCAUUUGAUGUCCUUGAAACGGUGUCCGGCUCUGUUUCUGUCGCCCAGCUCAGCAAAACAACCUGUUGAUGUCUGCUGUAUUUCAAUAAAACACAGCCUUUUACAAAGGG